AUGGCAAUUGAUAAGCGAUUGAUAGUAGGACAACUACACCAAGAGCUGCGGUAUAUACAGCUCAUUUAUCAUAGGAACAAAAAUCAACAUAAAGUUGCCGUUUGGUGGAAACAUUUCAAUGAGCUGAAGAGAAGCGUUGGCCAGGUGCUGGUCUUGAUUCAGAACGACAAGGUCAGAAAAGUAGAGGUAAUAAGACUACGGAAUUUGAUCCAAAAGCUUCGAAAACGUCAGAUUUCUCGAAUGUAUUACAGCUUCAACGGCGUAGUCGGAUUGGGUCAAUUUGUUACCUUAGGAGUGGUCCUCGUGGGGCUUCUGGCGAAAAUAAAAGCACUCUACGAUGCAAUUUAUGAAUUGUACGAAGCUGAGUUCAAGACGUUUGGACUGCUCGAGAAACAAACUGUCUCUGACCCAUCGCACAUUUCAAGCGAGCAAAUAGGGACACUAAACGGCGAGGAAAUAGGUGAGGAGAUUAACAUAGACGAACAACCCACACAGAAACCAGACAUGGCUGCAGAGAAUUUUGCAGCAGUCUACGGCUCGAGAAAAAAGGAUAAGAAGAAGGUCAAAAAGAAGAAGAAGAAGGGCAGUGCCAUGGACGAUAUUUUUGGGUAG